AGUUGGUUGUAGUUCACCGUGCGUUUUUACAUUUCUGACGUGGCGUGCUUCUUGCCGAGGCUUGUCGUUUCAUUGCAACAUCUUUCUCGUUCACUUUGUUCAGGUCUUUUGCCGGAUAAGCAUAGACUUUGUGAUUUCUCGGUUCAAUUUAUUUGGAAACUCGUAAGCCAAUCAAACAGCCAUGGGUAAGGAAAAGACUCAUAUUAACAUUGUCGUCAUUGGCCACGUCGAUUCUGGUAAAUCUACCACCACCGGUCACUUGAUCUACAAGUGCGGUGGUAUCGACAAGCGUACCAUUGAAAAGUUCGAAAAGGAAGCCCAAGAAAUGGGUAAGGGUUCCUUCAAGUACGCCUGGGUUUUGGAUAAAUUGAAGGCCGAACGUGAGCGUGGUAUCACCAUCGAUAUUGCCUUGUGGAAAUUCGAAACAUCCAAAUACUAUGUCACCAUUAUUGAUGCCCCUGGUCACAGAGAUUUCAUCAAGAACAUGAUCACUGGUACCUCUCAAGCUGAUUGCGCUGUCUUGAUUGUUGCUGCCGGUACUGGUGAAUUCGAAGCUGGUAUCUCCAAGAACGGUCAAACUCGUGAACACGCCUUGUUGGCCUUCACCUUGGGUGUCAAGCAAUUGAUCGUUGGUGUCAACAAGAUGGAUUCUUCUGAACCACCAUACAGCGAAGCCCGUUACGAAGAAAUCAAGAAGGAAGUCUCCUCUUACAUCAAGAAGAUCGGUUACAAUCCCGCUGCUGUUGCUUUCGUUCCCAUCUCCGGCUGGCACGGUGAUAACAUGUUGGAAGCUUCUACCAACAUGAACUGGUUCAAGGGCUGGAAGAUCGAACGUAAGGAAGGUAACGCUGAAGGCAAGACCCUCAUCGAAGCUUUGGACGCUAUCUUGCCACCCACCCGUCCCACAGACAAGCCUUUGCGUUUGCCCUUGCAGGAUGUCUACAAAAUCGGUGGUAUCGGCACAGUACCCGUCGGUCGUGUCGAAACUGGUGUCUUGAAGCCCGGUACCGUUGUUGUCUUCGCCCCUGCCAACAUCACCACUGAAGUCAAGUCCGUUGAAAUGCAUCACGAAGCUUUGGCUGAAGCCGUGCCCGGUGACAACGUUGGUUUCAACGUUAAGAACGUCUCCGUCAAGGAAUUGCGUCGUGGUUAUGUUGCUGGUGACUCCAAGGCUUCUCCCCCCAAGGGUGCUGCCGAUUUCACCGCUCAAGUUAUUGUCUUGAACCACCCUGGUCAAAUCUGCAACGGUUACACUCCCGUUUUGGAUUGCCACACCGCUCACAUUGCUUGCAAGUUCGCUGAAAUCAAGGAGAAGGUCGAUCGUCGUUCCGGUAAGACCACCGAAGAAAACCCCAAAUUCAUCAAGUCUGGUGAUGCUGCCAUCGUCAACUUGGUCCCAUCCAAGCCCUUGUGCGUUGAAUCCUUCCAAGAAUUCCCCCCAUUGGGUCGUUUCGCCGUUCGUGACAUGAGACAAACCGUCGCCGUCGGUGUCAUCAAGGCCGUCAACUUCAAGGAUGCCUCCGGUGGCAAGGUCACCAAGGCCGCCGAAAAGGCCACCAAGGGCAAGAAGUAGCUGCUUUACUCUGAACAUCAACAAGAAAACACUGCAGCAAAUUGCAUCUUUUCCAACCAGCAUAUUCUACAAACUCCACCAGCAACAAUAUGUAGCAGCAACAACAACAACCACACAACAACUAGAGGUACCGCAUUAACUACCAACAACGUAAAGAUGUUCCAGCAUAAGUUAAUUUUAAUGGUUAAAGAAAAGUUUAAUUGCUUCCAUCGCAAAGAGUUUCGCAGGAAACGAAUGCUGUUGUCGCCCCUGCUAAGUAAUAUACUCCUCCUCUAAAGAAGUGAGAACAAAUAUGUCGCCCCUACCACUCAUCAUCCCAAAAGCUAGAAGGGUUCCGAACGCAGUGCGUUUUUCGCCCAUGGCCGAUGGUGUGGUGAUUGGUGGUUGGCCAACAAAGGAAACUACUAUCAUUCAUUCUUUCACUAAGCGCAACAGCUCUAAGCAUUUAAGUCUUUUUUUAUGUAUUUAAUUACUAUAUAAUUUAAUUAUUAUUUGUAAUAAUUCUCCUUUUUUAUAAUUAUCUUAUGUUGGAAUUCAUUCCAUCUCUACUACUCGUAAAUAAAAGAAAACUAAAAACAUGAAAAAAACAACAACAUCUGUGACUACUAAACUACUCUAAAGAAUUUAUGAAAUUGUCAUAAAAUGAACACCUUAAGAUCUUUUUAUAACACAAUACAAAUGUGUUUUUUAGCCUAUAGAAAUGUAAUUGCAUAAAUACACAAUCUACUAUUUAUAAUUUUCCAAAAA